CCUCUCUCUCUCUAAAGACAGAGCCAUCAUCAUCUGCGUCACUGCAGUGCUUCUUCCCUCGCAACUUGCCAAUCUCUCUCUCUCUCUCUCUCUCUCUCUCAUCAUGAUCUCUUCUUAUCCAUCUUUUCUUUGAUCUUAUUAACCUCCUCCACCAGGACCCCCACUUCCUCUCCACUCUCUUCUCACCAUGCCAAUGAAACAAGGAGAAGUCAUGUGGCCCAGGUUGGUGGCUAGUAAGAUCCUUAGAAAGAGAUUGGGAAGUCACAAUUUUGUUGCAGAUUUUCCAAUCAACACUGAAACUUUGCUAGAGCUUCCAUACUUGGAACAAGAAUCUCUGAGCUCCAAGAUAAUCUUUAAUGAUUACCAGGACACAAACAACUACAAAGUUUUUGUUAGUACAUGGAACGUUGGCGGUGUUGCACCAUUGGAGGAUGUGAAUAUGAAGGAAUUGCUAGAUACAAGCAACACUUCAUGUGACAUAUAUGUUCUUGGGUUUCAGGAAGUUGUGCCUCUAAGAGCAUCUAAUGUGCUAGGGUCAGAAAACAGUGGAAUAGCCAUGAAAUGGAAUUCAUUGAUCAGAGAAGCUCUAAACAAGAAAACAAGCAAGCAAGAGAGAAAUGAAGAAGGGAAAUUAAAAGAACAGCAAAUCAGCAUUCCGACAAAAGAUGGAAAACCAAGCAUUACACCGGAGUUCCGAUGUAUUGUCAGCAAGCAAAUGGUUGGCAUAUUGAUUUCAGUUUGGGUUCGGAGCGAUCUUCAACCGUUCAUUCGGAACCCUAGUGUCUCAUGUGUGGGUUGUGGUAUCAUGGGUUUCUUAGGAAACAAGGGUUCAGUGUCAGUUAGGUUUCGAUUACAUGAAACAAGUUUCUGCUUUGUGUGUUGUCAUUUGGCUUCAGGGGGUAGAGAAGGUGAUGAGAGACAUAGGAACUCCAACGCAACAGAAAUAUUAUCACGAACAAGCUUUCCUAGAGGCCCUUCACUUGAUUUGCCAAGAAAAAUUCUAGAUCACAAUCGAACAAUUUUUCUUGGAGACUUCAACUAUAGGAUCUCUCUACCAGAACCAGCGACGCGAUCAUUAGUGGAUAGAGGAGAUUGGAAUGCUUUACUACAAAAUGAUCAGCUAAAGAUGGAGCUUACGGAUGGUCAAGUAUUCGAAGGAUGGCAAGAAGGAAUGAUCAAAUUCGCUCCAACUUACAAGUAUCAUACAAAUUCUGACGAAUACUAUGGUGGUGGUGAUGGCAAAAAAGGAGAAAAGAAACGCGCUCCUGCAUGGUGUGACCGGAUAAUUUGGUCUGGGGAGGGGCUAAAGCAACUCUCAUACACUAGAGGAGAGUCAAGAUUGUCCGAUCAUAGACCAGUGAAGGCAAUUUUCACUACCCAAGUUAGGGUUUCGCGAAGACUAAAAGGGUUACAAAAUUUCUUCAUAUCAGAGAGGUUUGAACAGAUCACAAGUCGGUUCGACUUGUCAUCAUCUCUUGGCCGCUCAAGCUUCCAACUCAGCGAAAAUUUGACCCCAUAAUAUGGUGUUGCCAUGAAUGUAUCAUAUUUCUCUCCAAUUGAUAGUCAACUGACUGUGUUGUUGGGAGGGCCUCGAUAGGCUUGCCAUGGAUUCACCUUAAUAAUUUAAACUGUUCAUCUUAUAAGUCCUUCUAAAAAGAUCAUCCAUGUAAAAAAUAUCAAAUUAAUUAGACAACUGUAAACAUAUCUGUUUACGAUUGCCUAAUCAAUUAGAUUUUUUACAUAGAUAAUAUGCUUUAGAGAUCAUACAAGAUUAAUGGAUCAGAUUAUCAAAGUGAGUUUGUAAUGGCUCAUCAAAGCCAAAUUACAUGAUCUAGUUAGAUUUGCCAGCUAGUGAGAAUAUGUUAUAUUAAAAAAGACAACCAAAAAAAAAUAAGAAACGUCUUACAUAUAGUAUUACUUCAACUUGGUGAUGAGUGUACAGUGAUAUUUUGAUUAUCAUGUUCUUCAUGUUGUUUUCAGUCAGAAAAGUUGUCCAA